CAAGAAAACAUCUUGAAAAAACAAACGUUUAAGGGAUUAUUAGCCGCAAAAGGAUGGGUUGGUGUCAUCCUCUAUUGGCGUUUUCAGCUCUCGUGAAUUUAUUUCUCUCUGGAGCUUUUGCACCAACAACGCACCAAAAUACGCUUCACCAUCAUAUGACAGAAAAUGAUCUGAAAUACUUUUUCGGUGUUGAUAAUCAUUCAGAAGUUCCCGAGUACGACAUAACCACUACCUAUCAACUUGGGGAAAUGGUCCCAGGUUCCGAACGGCGUCAACAGCGGGCAGAAGGAUUACGUGAAAACAAAUUUUACAAAGUCACUGCAUUUGGGCGGGAAUUGCACUUGAACUUAACAUUGAACAAAAAGCUGGUGUCUCCUGACCUCGUUUCGGAGACAAUAUACGCCGAUGGCACAAUAUCAUACUCUCCCCCACCGCCAAACAAUUAUUACCUUGGUCAUGUGAUCUCCGAUCCCCACUCAAUGGUGGCUGUUAGUGACAAUGGAGGACUGACUGGUAUGCUGAAACUAGCCAGCGAUACCUUAUUCAUUCACCCGUUACCGACCCAUCUUGCAAAGCGGGCAGUGUCAAGUGAAGUAAAGACACCUCAUUUGAUUUACAAGAGGUCUCUUCCAGGUGAAUUUGAUCCGACUGAUAUGAAAAAAGAGUUUAAACAAAGAAGGGAGAUAACAGACGGACUGGAGGAAGAAGAAAAAGGAAAUCUGACCAUGAAAACCAUGGAGGUAGCUUUAAUGCUCGAGGCGAGUUCGGCGGCAACACUGGAGGAUGAAAUGCACGACCCAAAGGCGUUUCUCCUUUUAUUAGGAAAUACAAUCUCUGGACUCUUCAUGGACCCAAGCAUUGGAGAGAUUCGUAUUUAUUACAAAGUUACGCGAAUUGCCGUUAUCGACAAGAAGAUGUUUGGUGCAGACUACUCAGAAUCUAAAGGUGCAUGGUUAUCGAAGUUUGCUAAAUAUAUCAAAUCCCACCAGACUGGCAAAGAAGAUGUGUUCUCCCUUGUAUACGGCAUGAAAUCAGGACUUGGUGGGUUGGCUCCGUUCAAGACCAUGUGCAAAGGCGACAGACCAACAGAAAACGUAAACAACAUGGUGGGCUUACAAACGGCUCUGGUAAUCACCCAUGAAACUGGUCACAAUAUGGGGGUUGAUCAUGAUGUAACAGACGAGUGUCCUUCUAGCACCUACAUCAUGUCAGCGGUACUCCCUGGCGGCCCUAAGGCUGAGACGUGGUCCAACUGCAGUAUGCGAGUCAUUCAAGAGUUUCUCAGAAGUAGUAAGUCAAAGUGUUUGAAUAUAGAAGCGGAGGCUGGCGAAAGGACUGUGGUAUAUGAAGAGAUAGGUACAAAUGCCACACGAGAAAUCAGAAGUAGGGUAGCACGCGGUAUAAUGGUAAACAUUGACCUUAGCAACUUUUACGAAGAUAAAUUUGUAUUAAAACUUCCCGGCGAAGUCAUGAAUGGCGAUGACCAGUGCGUCUUACAAUAUGGACUUGGCUUUCGACAGUGUUCUCAAUUUGCGGGAGAAUGUGGUAAACUGUGGUGUACUCCAGACGGAAAAUGGUGUGACACGCGUGCCGCUCCUGCUCUUGACGGAACUCCCUGUGGAAGCAGAAAUUGGUGUAUCAAAGGAGUGUGCGUUGACAACGGUCGGCCCCAUGUUGAUGGCUGGUGGAGCGAUUGGUCGGAAUUUACACCAUGCACGAGAACGUGUGGCGGUGGAGUACAGCACAGGACAAGAUCAUGCACAAAUCCACCACCUUCAAAUGGAGGGAAAGAAUGCCAAGGAAAUUCUAUUGGACACUGGAGAAUCUGUGAAAUCUUACCCUGUCCUGGAAGUAUCACAGAUACAUAUCGAGAUGAACAGUGUGCAAGGAAACUGGAGGGCUCAUCAGCAUAUUAUCACGGAGGACCAUGUGAUUUGUUUUGCCGAGAGGGAUACACUGUUACGACAUACGGAAAAGUGUUAGACAGUACCAGAUGCAGCAAAGAUCCCACCAUCUUUGAUGUUUGCAUUGGUGGAAGUUGCCGAGCUGCUGGCUGUGAUCAGGUCUUAGGAUCAAAUGUAAGAAUCGACAGGUGUGGUGUGUGUGGUGGCAAAGGGGACACUUGUAAACAUGUUGUAGACCAAUACAAGACACAAUGGAACAAAACUGGAAAAGAGAACGCAGAUUCAAUUUAUGAUCUUCCACCUGGAACAACGUCAGCAAGUUUUGUUGAAGUCGCUGCGACGUACAACAAAAUAGGUCUCAUGACGAAGAAUGGUGAUUAUCUAAUAGACCCAGAUAAGGAUAAAAACGUCCAUAUUACUUAUGCUGGAGCUCACAUCCACUACCUAAAUAAAAAUAAACGUUUUGCUGAUGAACUGAAAAUAAUAGGACCAACGACCCCAAAACUCAAGAUAAUGUUUAUAGCGGAAUAUGGAGAGAAUCUUGGUGUCGUUUAUGACAUCUGGUAUCACGUGAACUCCUGGCAUAAGCCGAGGCUCAGCUACAAAUGGAUUGUUGGUGAUUGGUCAGAAUGUGUUCAAACUCGAGAAGUUCGUUGCGUUCUAGAAGAGGAUGGAACACCCGCUAGUGACAAAGCUUGUGAUAAGCAUCUACGACCAGAGGAUAAUCAGGAAUGCAAUCAGCAACCCUGCCCUCCAGAGUGGAUCGUUACAGAUUGGUCGCCAUGUUCGAAAACCUGUGGCACUGGUUAUCAGACUCGCAAAAUGAAAUGUCACGAGAAAACGAGCAGUCACCACUAUUCUGAAAUAUCUCCCUCUGAGUGUGAUCCAAAUAAGCUACCACAUGUCAGUAAACUGAGUAGACAGUGCAACAAGAUCAUUUGCAAGCCGAACUGGAAAAUUGAAUCGGCAUGGACGGCAUGCUCUACUCCAUGUGGUGCAGGCAUUCGAAGGCGCACAGUUGACUGCAUUCUUGUUGAUCAAGAUGGAAGACCUUCUAAAGUAUCAGACGCACAGUGUACUUUUUUAAAAAAACCCCAAGAUACAGAGGAUUGUAACGACAAACGACCCUGUUUGGAAGAUGGUAACUAUCGAUGCUACCCAUCUAGUCCAUGUCAAAAUGACGCAGUUUGCACUGAAAAGCCGCCAGGCCACUAUCACUGUGACUGCUUGAAAGGAUUCAAGGGAAAAAACUGUGACGAGAUCGAGACUCCUUGUGAUAAUCAUCACUGUCAAAAUGGAGCCACUUGCGAGCGUAAUGGUAAAUCCUCAAAGUGGGGACGCAAAUAUACUUGUAUUUGCCCAGAAUGGUACAAGGGAAAGAACUGUGAACAAAAAAUAUUUCCAUGUGACAGCCAUCCUUGCCAUAGCCAUGCUACUUGCAUAAACGGUGAUAGCGAUCCCUCAAACUUCACAUGUAAAUGUCCCCCGUGGUUCACUGGGAAGUUUUGGGAAAUAACUACCAACAAGUGCGAUGAAGAGCCAUGCAACUACAGAGGAUAUUGCCUGAGUAAGAAAUCAGACCCCGCCUGGUACCAAUGCUUCUGUGAAGAUUGGUUUGAAGGCACAAACUGUGAGAAGCAAAUAUACCCUUGCGACCUACAGCCGUGCAAAAAUGGCGCUACCUGUACCAAUGAUCCGGACGACAUCUCAUUACAUCACUGCCAGUGUCCAGCCUGGUUUACUGGCCAAAAUUGUGAAGUGCAACUGACCUCCUGUGACAGUAACCCAUGUCAAAAUGGUGGAUACUGUAAUAGCGAUCCCGUGACACCUGAUGUUUAUGAAUGUGAAUGUGGGGAUUGGUUUAAGGGUGCCAACUGCGAAGUUCAAAUAUUUCCCUGUGACUCCAAACCCUGUCUCAAUGGGGCAACCUGUAGGAAUGACGACACUGACAUAUCUGAGUACCACUGUGACUGCCUAUCUGGUUUCUUUGGAAAGAAAUGCCAAGCUUCUCCAUUCAUUGCGAUUGGUUGUUUCAAGACACCGAAAACUGGUUUAAAAGAAAUUCUUGCAAAUCACAAGAAAGACUUCAAUCCUGAAAAAAUCAAAAAGUAUAUUUAUGAAUGUGGCGAGCUUGUAUUUGACAAAGGUUACAGCCACUUUGCCCUAGGAGAGCAUGGGACUUGUUUGUCGAGUGGAACCGCUCAAAAAGAAUACUUCCAGAAAGGAGGAACCAAAGCCAGUGACUGUAAGGAUGACAUUGGAAGCAAAUCUACAAUCCAUGUGUAUACUUUUGAGACUUCACCGAAAUCUGUCCCUGAAGGUUGCUUUAUAGAAAAAGGGAAGACUGAGAAGUUACUGACUGAUAAUUACGCCAGCUUCUCAAGUAACUCUGAUCCAAAGACCACUGUUGUGUACUGUUCUACUCUGGCUCGAGACAUAGGCUACGAAUAUUUCGCUGUACAGAACGACGUACAAUGCUGGACCAGUAAAGACAUCGCUAACACUUACAGCAAGUACGGAAAGUCCGACAAUUGUGCAGGUGGAGUUGGCAAAGAGAUGGCAAACUUUGUGUAUCGUAUUGAAGCCUCGUAUUCUUAUCCAACUGGUUGUGAUGAUGAUCCUUGUCAGAACAACGGGUUUUGUGCGGUUGACAAGGAUGAUCCUAUGCAUUACUCAUGUGAAUGUAAAGAAAUGUUCAGUGGAAAGAACUGUGAAGUGCGGUCUUACGCAUGUGAUAGCCAGCCUUGUAAGAACGGGGCAGCUUGUCGUAACGACGAAAAAGAUAUCACAAAAUACAAUUGCGAUUGCACGGACGACUUUAGCGGAGUUAAUUGUCAAGUUCCUUCUUUUGCUGAAAUUGGCUGUUUCAAGGCACCAAAAUCUGGUCUUAAGAACGUACUUACAUCUCCGAAGGAAUUUGAUUCAAAGAAGAGCAAAACCUAUAUAUAUGAAUGCGCCGAGCUGGCAUUUGACAAAGGUUACAGCCAUUUUGCCUUAGGAAAUCAAGGACGCUGCCUUUCGAGUAAAACAGCUGACAAGGAAUACUUUGAAAUAGGAGUAACCAGUACUAAUAACUGUAAGGGUGGCAUAGGGAGUAAAACGGCAGUCGACGUGUAUACCUUCGUUCAAGCUCCUAAGUUUGUCCCACAAGGCUGUUUUGUGGAAAAAGAGAAGACCGAGAAGUUGCUGACUGACAACUAUGCCAGCUUCUCAAGUAACUCUGAUCCAAAGGCCACUGUUGCGUACUGUUCUACUCUGGCUCGAGACAUGGGCUACGAAUAUUUCGCUGUUCAGAACGAAGUACAAUGCUGGACCAGUAAAGACAUCGCUAACACAUUCAACAAGUACGGAAAGUCCGACAAUUGUGUAGGUGGAGUUGGUAAAGAGAUGGCAAACUUUGUGUAUCGUAUUGAAGCCUCGUAUUCUUAUCCAACUGGUUGUGACGGUGAUCCUUGUCAGAACAAUGGGUUUUGUGUGGUGAACGAGGAUGAUCCUAAACAGUACUCAUGCGAAUGUCAGCAAAUGUUCAGUGGAAAGAACUGUGAAGUGCAAUCCCUUCCAUGUGAUAGCAACCCUUGUAUGAAUGGAGCCACUUGCCGUAACGACGAUAAAGACAUAACUAAAUACCAUUGUGAUUGUGCGGGCGACUUUAGUGGGGUAAAUUGUCAAGUGCCAUCCUUCAUUGAAAUCGGUUGUUUUUUUAAACCAAAAUCUGGUUUAAAGGAAGUUCUUGCGAGUCAUUUCAAGGACUUUGAUCCAGCAAAAGCUAAAUCAAGAGCUUAUGUCAAAGAAUGUGGCGAGUUGGCAUUCCAGAAGGGCUACAAGUACUUUGUUUUGGGUGACAAAGGAAGUUGUUUGUCGAGUGCACCUGUUAACAACGAAUAUCAUCUGAAAGGAAGCACUAGUCCCAGCCAUUGUAAAUACGGCAUAGGAAGUAAAUCUACAGUCAAUGUACACACAUUUGUUCCUUCACCCAAAUCUGUCCCACAAGGCUGUUUUAUGGAAAAAGAAAAGUCCGAGAAGAUACUGACUGAUAACUACGCCAGCUUCUCGAGUACCUCCGACCCCAAAUCUACGGUUGCGUACUGUUCUACUGUGGCCCGAGACAAGGGCGUUGAGUAUUUCGCUAUACGAAAUCAAGUGGAAUGUUGGACCAGUAAUGCCAUAGCUAAAGAAUACAAUAAGUACGGAAAGUCCGACCAUUGUGCAGGUGGAGUUGGCAAAGAGAUGGCAAACUUUGUGUAUCGUAUUGAAGCCUCGUAUUCUUAUUCAACUGGUUGUGAUGAUGAUCCUUGCCAGAACAAUGGGUUUUGUGUGGUGAACAAGAAAGAUCCUAUGCAGUACUCGUGUGAAUGUCAGCAAAUGUUCAGUGGGAAGAAUUGCGAAGUUCAGUCGUAUCCAUGUGAUAGCGAUCCCUGUGUAAAUGGAGCAGCUUGCCGUAACGACGAAAAAGACAUAACAAAAUACCACUGUGAUUGCACAGGCGACUUUAGUGGAAUUAACUGUCAAGUACCAUCUUUCAGUAACAUUGGUUGUUUUAAGAUACCGAAGACUGGUUUUAAGGAAGUUCUUGCACAUCCUAACAAAGACUAUGAUCCAGCUAACUUCAAUAGCUACAUUUUGGAGUGUGCCGAGCUUGCAUUCGAUAAAGGUUACACCCAUUUUGCUUUGGGCGCUAGUGGAAAGUGCUUGUCUAGUGCAACCGCUAAAAACAGUUACUACGCGAAAGGGGCCGCUGUUGCCAAAGAUUGCAAGAAUGGCAUAGGAGUAAGAUCUUCCAUCGGUGUGUUUACAUUUGAGUCAAAACCAAUGCCAAUUGCAAUUGGCUGCUUCAAGGAGAACAAAGGCUCCAAGAGGCUUCUCAAAGAUAAAUUUGCAACCUUCGUGGCUCAACGAAAUGAAGAUGAUCCGGGGAUUACAGUCCUGCAAUGUGCGUACGUCGCACGUGAUAAAAAGAUCGAAUACUUUGCGUUGCAAAACAAUGGCGAAUGCUGGACGGACAAAACAUUAGGGAAGGCUUACAAGACAUACGAAGUAGCCGAAGAUAGCAAUUGUAAAGAUGGUAUCGGAGGCGUUCUGACCAAUUAUGUUUAUCAAUUAAAGUAA